AAAAUUUCUAACAAAGAUUGAAAUGCAAAAGCUGUAUGAAAUAUCAAAAGUACCAAAUUUGAUUAAUGUAUGAUAAAGGGAAAUAGUUAUGAUCUGUUAAGUAACAAAGUACAUGGUGCAGGGCCUCAAGAUUAGAAACUUUCCGAAGGUUACACGAAAGGAUCCGGUCACAGCUUCCAGAAACCUGCAAGAGGUGAUAUUACGAACUUCACCAGCUUCAAAACUGUCUAAAGAUCAACAUCAUGUAUCGUCUUCCAAGUCUUCUCCGCCCUACAGUAGCACGUCACUUUGCUCCCACACUUAGACGAAAUUAUGCUAAAGAUGUAAAAUUUGGAGCUGAUGCCAGAGCGAUGAUGCUCCAGGGUGUGGACACCCUCGCUGAUGCUGUCGCAGUCACUAUGGGACCUAAGGGCAGAAAUGUUAUCCUUGAACAAAGCUGGGGAAGCCCAAAGAUCACAAAAGAUGGAGUGACAGUAGCGAAAGCAGUAGAGCUACAGGAUAAGUACCAGAACAUUGGGGCCAGACUUGUCCAGGAUGUGGCCAACAACACCAACGAGGAGGCGGGAGAUGGCACCACCUGUGCUACAGUCCUGGCCCGAGCUAUCGCCAAGGAAGGCUUCGACAAGAUCAGCAAAGGAGCCAAUCCAAUCGAGAUUAGGAGAGGGGUGAUGAUGGCUGUAGAGGUGGUUGUGGAUAAUCUAAAGAAAAUGUCCAAACAGGUGUCCACCCCAGAGGAAAUUGCUCAGGUGGCAACAAUUUCUGCCAAUGGCGACAAGGACAUUGGGAAUCUGAUUGCCGAUGCCAUGAAGAAAGUUGGAAGAGAUGGGGUCAUAACUGUGAAGGAUGGUAAAACGUUAAAGGAUGAGCUGGAGACGAUUGAGGGAAUGAAAUUUGACAGAGGAUACAUCUCUCCAUAUUUCAUGAAUUCCUCAAAAGGAGCCAAGUGUGAAUUUCAGGAUGCCCUGGUACUGUUCAGUGAGAAAAAGAUCUCCAACAUCAAGUCUAUUAUACCUGCACUGGAGAUGGCCAACCAGGCCCAGAGACCCCUCCUGAUCAUAGCGGAGGAUAUCGACGGGGAGGCCCUGAGUGCACUCGUACUCAACAGACUGAAGGUGGGACUCCAGGUGUGUGCUGUAAAGGCUCCAGGGUUCGGAGAUAACAGAAAGAACACCAUGAGGGACAUGGCCAUUUCCAGUGGUGGUAUUGUGUUUGGAGAUGAGGCUGACAUGUACAAGAUUGAGGACAUUCAGAUGAAUGACUUCGGUAAUGUGAAGGAGGUCACAGUCACAAAGGACGACACCCUCUUGAUGAAAGGAGGUGGUGAGAAGAAUGAUAUUGAGAAGAGAAUCCAACAAAUUCGAGAUGAAAUUGAGCUUUCCACUUCGGAAUAUGAGAAAGAAAAACUCAAUGAAAGACUUGCCAAGCUGUCUGCAGGAGUAGCUGUGCUUAAGAUUGGUGGAUCUAGUGAGGUGGAGGUGAACGAGAAGAAAGACCGGGUAAAUGAUGCUCUCUGUGCUACGAAGGCUGCUAUAGAGGAGGGUAUUGUACCAGGGGGAGGUGUGGCCCUGCUACGCUCUAUCAAAGCUUUAGAUGGGAUCAAGGGAACAAAUGAGGAUCAAAAUACAGGUAUUGAGAUUGUGAGGAAAGCCCUUCGUUUACCAACACUGACCAUUGUAACUAAUUCGGGUGUUGAACCACACUCCAUUGUGGAAAAGAUCCUGAGCAAUGAAGGGGACUUUGGGUAUGAUGCUCUGAACAAUGAGUUUGUCAACAUGGUAGAGAAAGGCAUUAUUGAUCCAACAAAGGUUAUAAGAACAGCAAUAGUAGAUGCAUCCGGAGUUGCAUCCCUUUUAUCAACAGCUGAGGCUGUCAUCACGGAAAUCCCCAAAAAGGAGGAGCCUAUGCCAGGUGGAAUGGGAGGCAUGGGCGGGAUGGGAGGCAUGGGCGGAAUGGGAGGGAUGAUGUGAUGAUUGACAUCUCAAAGAGAAAUCUGAUUGGCUGAGAUGUGAUAGUGUCAUUAUGAAGGACAUAAAUAUGGUUUAUGAUGAACAGUUCAUUUUGACAAGACACAGAAAACAAAACAAGCUAGGUCUCCAGCUCGUGUUGUGAAAUAUGUGAAGGCUAUGUCUUGUUGACUGGUGUGACUGUAUGACUGUAGAAGCUGGUAGUCUUCAUAGCAGACAUCUUUUCCAUUUUCAUUAUAGAUGGUCUUUGUUUUGCAAAUCUGCUUUUGAAAUGAUGGAACUUUUUGAUAUUUUCAUAAAUCUUAUUUUACCACCUAUUACAUUUGCCUCCACAAAUGAAAUGUGCACACCAUACUUUGGUCAUUUUUUUUCCACUGCCUCAUACAAUGUUGUUACAGGUAAAUCUGUUCAUCUUGCCAUGUGAAGCUCUUCAAAUGUUAUGUUUUACAACUGUAUCAGUGUUUGCAAGAAUGUCCUAAUCAAUUCUUAUUGAGAAUUUUCACUUCAUUGAGCGAACAGACCAAUGUCAGACUUGUGUUUUGUUAGAGAUUUCUAUUUACGUAAAGAUGUAGUGUAUAUAUGCUGUUUGUGAUAUUGAGUGAGAUGGUGUGAUUCAUUAAAUGUAUUUUGUAUCAUGA